GCCCAACGCAAGCAAUGUAUCCGAUGCCAAAAUGGUAAUACAAGGCAAGUAUUCAAAUUUCAAACACAACUAACUAACUGCAAAACUCAUUCAUGAUGAUUUAUUCAAACAAACACUAUCAAUAAGAGAAAAAGUAUGCAUGAAUGGAAGCCACAAAAAGACCUUGUAUCUCAAAGUGGCACUAUUCUUCUUCAACCAAAAGCAAAAUUGUUAAUAAAUUCAAUCCUAUAUGCCAAGCUGUCCAACAAUUAACUCUCAAAGGAAAGUUUGUGAUCAUCCUCAAUCAAAAGAAAUCAAUACCUGCAAAAUUCAUUUCUGUUCAGAUUUUUAGUGGCACAGAAGUGGAUCCUAAUACCGGUAAAGGGUGGUUGAGCGAGAAAACAUAUUUUAAGGAAUGUGGGAGCAAGAAAAAUCACCAUAAUGAUGGUGAUGCACAAACCAAGAUUAAGACAUAUAAAAUUAAACUACAGGUGGACUCACAUUUUGAAAAUCCAAGAGCUUUUGUGAUUCAAAACAAAUACAAUAAGAAAUUUUUUCUUCAGUCUGCAUCUAUUGAGACUUGUACCAAUAGAAUCAUUCACUUUGAUUGCAAUUCUUGGAUAUAUCCAAUCAAGAAGACCAAAUCUGAUAGACUCUUCUUCUCAAAUAGAUGUUAUCUUCCAAGUCAAACACCUAGAGCUUUAUUGGAACUAAGAAAGGAAGAGCUUGAUAAAUUGAGAGGUAAUAAUGGAAUGGAAGAAAGAAGAGAAUGGGAUAGAAUCUAUGACUAUGACUACUACAAUGACCUCGGCGAUCCUGACAAAGGUUUGGAGCAUUUUAGACCUAUCUUAGGCGGUUCAAGAUUAUAUCCAUAUCCACGCAGAGUAAGAACAGGUCAAAAACGUAGUACAGAAGGUCCAUCAACUGAGAGAAGGCCACAAGCAACAAAUUUUGACAUAUAUAUCCCUUCAGACGAGAGAUUUAGCCCCAACAAAUUGAAGGAGCUCAAAUCAAAUUCUAUCCAUGCCAUGAUACAUUUACUAUCUUUAAAGACAGAAUCAUUACAUCAAAAAAGUUCUAAAAGCUUUCAAUCAUUUGAAGAGAUACUUGGCAUGCUCUCAAGCAAUAGAAACCGAACAAUAGACGGAUGGAUCAGAGACACCUUAAAGAAAAUACCAAUUAAGCACUUUAAGGAAAUAACUCAGGCGAUCAACGAAGACCUACGGAAUAUUCCUAUCCGUCCAAUCAUAUAUGAAAAUGAAUGGACUUGGAAUGAUGACAUGGAGUUUGGGCGACAAAUGCUUGCAGGAACACACCCUGUCAGAAUCCAGUGUUUGAAGACAUUUCCACCUCAAAACAAAUAUGGAGUGCAGAGUUCAGUUGAACAAUCAAUCAUAGAACAGAUGCUUGAAGGAUGGACACUUCCUCAGGCCUUGGAACAAGGAAGAAUAUUCAUGUUGGAGCACCAUGACUAUCUCAUGCCAUAUUUGAACAGAAUAAAUGCAAAUGGGGUAUGUGCUUAUGCAUCUAGGACACUUCUAUUCUUAAGAAGUGACGGCAUGCUUAAACCACUGACAAUAGAACUCAGUUUGCCAGGCUCAUCUAUAGCUCUUGAAAUCCAUAGAAUUUUUCUUCCAGCAAAGCAAGGGAUGCAUGCAGCACUUUGGCAGCUUGCCAAAGCUCAUGUUUUAGCUAACGAUGCUUUUUACCAUAUACUAGUUAGCCAAUGGUUAUACACACAUGCAGUUGUUGAACCAUUUAUCCUUGCUACCAAAAGAAGGCUAAGUGUAAUGCAUCCAAUCCAUCAGAUAUUGAAUCCUCAUUUCAAAGACACAAUGCACAUAAACGCCUUGACUCGACUUAUCCUUAUUAACUCUGGAGGAAUUCUUGAGAGAAUAUUAUUUCCUGGUGAAACCUGUAUGCAAAUAACCUGUGAUCUCUAUAAAGACUGGAAAUUUACUGAACAGGGACUUCCNNNUGAUCUAAUGAAAAGGGGCAUGGCUGUAGAAGACCUAGACGAGAACAACCUAACUGGGGUUCAACUUCUCAUGUUAGACUAUCCCUAUGCCAUUGAUGGACUUGAGAUAUGGGUUGCCAUCAAAUCAUGGGUCAAGGACUUCUGCUCAUUCUUCUACGACGACAGUGAAGCCAUCAUAGCUGAUCUUGAACUCCAAGCAUGGUGGUCAGAGAUUCGAACUAUUGGCCACAACGACAAACACAAUGAGACAUGCUGGUACCAAUUGACAACACUCUCAGACCUUGUAGAAGCAUUAACAACUCUCAUAUGGAUUGCUUCUGCACGCCAUGCAAUUAUAAACCACGAGAAACAUGCACACAAUGAUAAUUACCGUCCAAAUUGUCCCACACUAUGCAGGAAGUUCAUUCCCCUUGAAGGAACGGUUGAGUUUGGUGAGUUCCUCAAGGACCCUGAUAAAUUCUAUAGGAAGAUGUUACCUGAUACGUUUGAGAUGAGUCUUGGUUUGGCAUUGGUAGAUUUGCUCUCGAAAAACACUUACGAUGAAGUGUACUUGUUGAGAUGUCAACCAUCACAUGGUUGGAUAGACAAUGAAAUUGUUCAAAAUAGAUUUGCCGAGUUCAAAGAAGAGUUGAAGGAGAUUCAAACGCGGAUCUUGCAAAGAAAUAAAGAGCCUAAACUUAAGAAUAGGCGCGGGCUUGCAAAAAUUGAUCACAAUAUUUUGUAUCCUAAGAUGCCUAGUUCUGGAUCAAGAAGAUGGAAUCAUGGGAUGACGAGUUCCUAAUAACAUACCAAGUUAAUUGUAUAUAAUUUAUUCAUCUAAAUCAUAAUAUAAUUUGUUUGUGGUCCCUUAUUUUUUUCUUAUGAAUUCACCUAUAAAUUAUGAGUGAGUAUGCACUUU